GCGGCAGCAGCGGGAUGGGCCUGAGCCCCGCCGCCGAGCGCGAGUGCGGGCGCCUCCUCACUAGGUUCCCCCGGCCCCGCCUCAGGCCGCCUCGGAAACCGCGAGUGUACGGACGAAAUGACACCCAGCCUGCUCCUGGACUUUCGCCUGGGCCCCAGUCGGGUCGCCGCGGGAGGGGGGCUCCGCCUCACCAAGCCCCCACGCCCGGGCCUGGAACCUUACGGGGUCGUUCUCCAGGCCCCAGCAGGCCGUUGGACCCCCAGAAAGAAAAAUCUGUGGGAUCUCAAGAGUUGGUCCAGCACUUGCCCAAGCAGCCACAGCAGGGCACGUUAGAACAGGGCAGAAUCAGCGUCCGUCCGGCAGGGAAGCCCUUGGAGUCCACACCCAACCAGAAGAUAGCAGAGUGGAAUUCAGCUCCGGAGCCUGGGAGUGCGGGAAGGUUAAUAAAGCAGGCAGCAGAGGGUAAACCAAGACCCAGACGAGACCUGAUUGAGAUUUUCCGGGUUGGCUACGAGCACUGGGCCGUCUAUGUGGAAGAUGACUGUGUGGUCCACCUGCUCCCACAAGUCAGAGAAUUUGAGGCCAGCAGCAUCACGUCCGUCUUCAGCAACCGGGCGGUGGUGAAAUACAGUUGUCUGGAGGACGUGCUGCAUGGCUGCUCCUGGAAGGUCAACAACGAGCUGGAUGGGACAUACCUGCCCCUGCCCAUGGACAAGGUCAUCCAGCAGACGAAAAAGACGACCAGCAAGAUCGCGCAGUACAGCCUGAUCGACGGGAACUGCAAGCGCUUUGUCAACGACCUGAGAUACGGCGUGCCCAGGAGCCAGCAGGUAGAGCACAUGCUGACGGAGGGAGCCAAGGCUGCAGGGGCGGUGCCUUCAGCCGUGGUGGACAGCCUACGGCCCAAAGCAGCAAUGGCCUGAAGCCUCUGAAGAAGAGGAAGAGCUACUGACGUCGGCAGAGAGAACGUGCCUCCUUCCCUCCCCUGCCUCGCUCUCCCCACCGCCCCGUGUGAGAAAAUUGAAGGAGCCUUACUUGCUUUUUAGGCUGAACCUAGUCUGUGG